GUUAACGUGCUGUGAAGGGCAGCCGCGUCGCUUCGAGAAAGUUGGUGGCUGGUCACGGGAUUGACCAUAGGGUAGUCUCGACCCACAGCUCUUCUUGUUACCGACAACAAAGUAUCCAACUUCCAACAAUUUCGGCUUUUCCCUAAUACCAACCGAGAGGGAGGCAGGAAGAACAACUCGCGCUGCCCAACAACAUACUCGCACACCGCCACGAUGUCAACUCCUGUGUGCAAGUUCUUUCAGCGCGGUACCUGCAAUUUCGGCAGCCAGUGCAAAUUCAUUCAUCCAGGCCAGCCGACUCGGGGCGGGAAUGGAGGAGUGCCGGGCCAAGGACAGCAGUACGGAGGCGCGCCACAGAACCAACAGCAGCAACGGGAAAACGAUGGCUACAACCCAGCCACGAGCGAAACCAUCAAUAUCGACCUAGUCGAGAAGCCGAUGUGGAUCUUAUCGUCGUACGGACCCGGCAAAAACCCGCCAGUACAGCUCAUCGAUGGCAAAGAUAUAUCGUUCGAAGAGGCUCGAGUGCUAGCCUAUCAAUGUCAAGCGGAAGGGAAUCCCGUUGCAUAUGAACAACAAUGGGUAAAACUCAACACGGAGGCCGACACACAAAUCCGGAAUAUCAUGAGCGAUCUCCCGGGAGCUGUUCGUUUCUUAACACAGGCGCAAGAGAAUCGCGAUCAGCUCUACAAGUACAGGACACCGGGUGGUGAUCCUACUGGCCCUAUUUCGCCGUUCUCACAGCCCCAGCAGCAGCAGCAACUCAAUGCAAACCAGAACCCAUUCGGCGCACCGACCCAGCCCGCGCCGGCUCAGGGUGCAUUCGGACAGCCUGCGUUCGGGCAAUCUGCGUUCGGGCAACCAAGCCAGCCGACUAUCUCGUUGACUGCGCCGUCGCCUUUUGCGGCAGCCUCACCCACCCAACCUGCCUUUGGGCAGCCGGCUUUCGGACAGACGUCGGCUCCGCAGAGUGCGUUCGGCAAGCCACCACAGCCGGCAUUCGGCCAGCCAGCAUUCGGACAGACAUCGGCAUCUCAGAGUGCGUUUGGGAAGCCGGCCUUUGGUCAACCGGCAUUCGGACAGUCAGGAUUCGCUGCCGCCCAACAACCUCAGCAACCACAACAACCUGCGCAGCCACAGGGUGUUUUUGGUGGUGCUAGUGCGUUUGGAAAGCCUGCCUUCGGUCAGCCAGCUUUUGGACAAUCGGCAUUCGGUCAGCCAUCGGCAUUGGGCGCCGCGCCGAGUCCAUUUGCAGCCGCAGCAGCCCAGAACCCCGCUGCGGCCAGUCCAUUCGCCACCGCCGCAGCGCAACCGCAAAACAACGGCAGCCCGUUUGCCGCCGCGACGCAGAACCAGCCCCAGAACGCUGGCGGUCCGUUCGGCGGAUUUGCGCAACAGGCGCAGCAGGGUGGGGCUCCAGCAGCUGCUAACCCUUUUGGACAACCGCAGGGGGCACAGAAUGCCGCCUCGCCGUUCAGCCAGGUCAACCCCUUCCAACAGACUCAGCAAGCGCAACAGGCGAACCCGGCCGCGAAUCCCUUCGGCCAACCCGCCCUGCUCGCCGCCGCAGCGCCAACAAACGCAUUCGCCACUGCUCCCCAACAGCAGUCGGCGUCGCCAUUCAGCAAUGCAAACCCAUUCCAAUCCGCCGGACAGCCCCAUCAGCAGCAGCAGCCCCAGACAACUCCUAGUGCCGUAAACCCGAUUGGACAAACUGCUGCGUCGGCAGCCGGACAGAAGAAGUGGGAUGACCCCGUGUUAGAGUACACCGCCGAGGAACUUGCAGCUUUUAGGGCGCCGGAAUUCAAGCUCGGUCAUGUUCCACUUGUGGCCCCGCCGAGGGAAUUGUGUCUCUAGCACCUAAGGCGGGGGAUGAUGGUGUAAGUUUCACAUACCAAGGAGGGAUGGGGUGUUUUCGGAGUUUGUGUUUGGUUUCUCUACUCGAAUUUGACUUUACUGCUGGCUGUGUGUGCUGUAGAUGAUGGAGAGUACUUAGCUGUCCGACAAUUUGCGGGCUGCAAGCAAUAUCUAUCAUCUAUUGUUGUUUGUCCAAAUCGUCCUGUUAUUUUUGGAUUGGAAUUGGAUCCUUGUGGGGAAGGAAGUGUAUCCCGACACCCGCAUGUAUUCGUAGGGGUUCUCGUAGAGGAACGAGGUUAGAUACUUGCGUGCAGUGAUGCACGAGUGAUAUGGAUGAUGCAGCCAAU